GUUGGCAGUAAUAAACGUCAAUCUAUUGAUUGUAGUGUAGGGCUACCUGUUGAUGGUUGACGAAUUCGCAUAGGAUAGCCUUGAAUUGUUAAUCACAAAGCUACUGUAGUUUCUUGAUUUUUAAAACGUAUUCUAUAAAAUAUUCCUAAAACAUUCAUUAAACAGACAUGGACCUGAAUUCUUUAAAUGCCAAAUUUAAAAAAGUUGCCGGAGGUGCAUCGACUGUUUUCAACAGAGCAGUGCAGUUCACAGAAGAAAAAUUAGGUACUGCUGAGAAAACAGAACUUGAUGCUCAGUUUGAAAAUUUAAUGCAAAGAUCUGAUAAAACAAAGUUAUGGACUGAAACUAUACUAAAACAGACUGAUGCAUUAUUGCAACCUAAUCCAAACCAACGUAUGGAAGAUCUCUUGUAUGAAAAAUUGGAAAAAAAGAAAAAAGAUAGAAUUACACAAUAUGAAAUUCUUGGAAAUGCUAUGAUUGAUGCAGGAAAUGAUUUUGGGCCUGGCACUUCCUAUGGAAAUGCCCUUGUAAAAUGUGGCCAGGCACAAAUACAAAUUGGUAAUGCUGAAAGAGUUUUUGUUACAAGUACAGCUAACAAUUUCUUACAGCCAUUAUCCAACUUUUUAGAGGGUGAUAUGAAAACAAUUUUGAAAGAAAAAAAAAUACUAGAGACAAAGAGGUUGGACUUAGAUGCUUGCAAAAGUCGAUUGAGGAAAGCAAAAUCUUUGACAUCACAAAGUCAGGCUGCAUCAAGCCAUCCUUACAACAUGGCUGAGGAUGAUCUUGCUAAAGCAGAGACAGAUCUACGGAUUGCUCAGUCAGAAUUUGAUAGACAAGCUGAAAUCACCAGAAUAUUGUUGGAUGGUAUAAAUAGUACUCAUGCUCAUCAUCUGAGAUGUUUAAAUGAGUUUAUUGAGGCUCAAAUGACAUUCUUUGCUCAAUGCCAACAGUACAUGGUUGAUUUACAGAGGCAACUUGGAGGUUAUUCAGUGGGUGGUGGUUCUUCCUCAAACAACAACAUCUCCUCUGGCACUCUGCCAGCACCCCUACACCCUUCUGCCCCACCCUCCAUUGAGGUUACAGCACCCACACCCACAGAGAAGCGACAGGCUAAAGCUUUGUACGAUUAUGAUGCUGCAGAUAGUUCUGAAUUAUCUCUUCUAGCAGAUGAGUUAAUAAUGGUUUACAAAGUGCAGGGUCUGGAUCCUGAUUGGCUAAUGGCAGAACGUGGCUCUCAACGUGGCAAAGUUCCAGUCACUUAUUUAAAAGUCUUAGAAUGAGCUCAACAUUUACUUUGGGUUUGGGGUUUCUUAUUCAGUUCAAAUAUCCCAUGUACUAUUUACUUCAUUUAUUUUAUAACCGCUGCUGUUGUAAUGAAUGUGGACAUGUCUGUGCAAUGCUUUUUCAUAGUAUUAUUUUUUACAGGACAUCCAUUUCAUCACAUUCUACACAUGGAUGUUGGAAUAAAUUAUCUCCUUAAUGGAAAAUUUCAGCUGCAUAAUUAGUGGUUUAAUGUCGUUUCUGCAAUUAUUGUAGGAGACAGCUGUAAUCAAACAUUAACAGCUAUAAUGACUACCGGCUGGAGUGGUAAAAAACAAUAGAUUGCAAACAUUGCAUUUUAAUAUCUUUGUAAUGCACAUUUGUGUUAGUUUAUGGUGAUUAGUAACUAUGAUUUUAGUUAAUAUGUGGGUUUAUAAAAAAUAAAGGGUUAUAAUUAACUUGUUAAUUGUUUAGAAAUUACCCCUUGUAGCCUAUGUGGUUUCAUUAUUCAUUUUACUUAAAAAUUAAGUUGAAUUUGUUUUGGUACAUUUAACAAGUAGCAUAUAAUUUUUACAAUGUACUUAUUUUAGAAAGAUUCAAGAAUUAAAAAAAAAACAAUAAUAA